AUGGACAUAGGCGUAGAAGAUUUUAUUGAAACAAUGGAAAAUUGUUUAUCAGAAAGUAUUUCUGAUAUUAAAAUUGUUGAUUUCAAUUCCAUUCCUACUGACACUGUAUCGGAAAAGAUUAUUACAAUUAAAAAUGUUACAAAUGACAAUUUAACUUAUAGAGUAUCUUUGCUUCAUGUUUUAAAUAACAUAGACCAAGUAUUUAAGUUGUCAGUUCCUCCCGAUCCAAUAAAAUCAUUUGAUUCGGUUGAGGUUAGAAUAAUUUUCAAGCCUAAAGUACCAGGACAAUCUUACACAGAGCACUAUCUCAUAGAUGAUACGGCUGGCAAUGCAUAUAGAUUAACUGUCAAGGGCAAAUGUUAUGGUCCAGAAGUGACGAUUAAUAAAAGAAAACUUGAAUAUAGAAUAUGUAGAGGAGUAUCCGAAAACAGAAAGGAACUUAUAAAAAUCGUAAACAAAUCCUCCCUCGACGCUACUUAUCAAUGGUUGUUACCUGUUGGAGGGCAAGGAUUUUUUCAAAUUUCAACUGGUAAUUGCGGUGUUAUUCGUGCAUUUGAAGUUAUUACCACUGCAAUUAUAUUCACGGGUUCAGCUCUAGGAGUGUACACAGCUGAACUUGUAUUUUUGGUCUUGAAUCAGGAGCCGUUAUUUUUAAAUAUAAUAGCCUCAGUUGUAUUAUCUGGUAACCCACUAUACGGAAUACAAGAACAUGUAUUCGAAAAAAGACGUAAAAGCCGAUCAGUACAUUUAAUGGAAAAUAGUUUAAACUUUUUGAGUUACAUACCGUCGGCGAGUGUUUUUGAAAAAUAUCUUGAUUUUGGAACCGGAAGCGUUAGCGACGUUACUUUAAAUAUAUCACAGACGCUAUGUGUUACCAAUCAUGAAACGGAAGAGGGUUGCAUACAAUGGAUUCCAGAUCCAGAUAACGUAUUUUUGAUCGAUCCGAUUGCGUCAAUCAUUCCAUCUAAUGAAUCAAGACUGUUUACAAUACGUUUCAGGCCAAAAAUCCACAACGAAGCCUAUGGUUAUCUGCUGUGUGGUGAUUUUCAAUAUAAAAUAUACGAUGGAGAUCAGUUACAAAAUGUUAAAAUGAAGCAUAAAUGGGUUAGAAUUCCAUGCAUUGGUAACACAUGGCCGCCAUGUACCGAGUGGAAUACUGAAUGGGACUGUCCCAUAGAGGUUGUUAUGCCCCCAACUGUACCGACAAGAACGACGUUUGCAAACUUUUUACUUUCAAAUAAACUCGGAAUACCUUUGAACUAUAAGUUGGAGGCUCCUGAAAAUACGAAUUUUGUUGCCUUGCCGAUGUGCGGAAUCGUACCGGGGCGUGGAUGGCAAAUAAUAACAGUUGCUCUAGAACCGAAGUCGUUUGGAGAAUAUUGUGAAAACUGGGAUCUUAUCAUUAACAAAAUACAUAACGCUCGUAUAAGCUUCAUAGGUAAUGCCGAAGUCAGCCAUAUUGAGAUGAUGUCUCACGGAUACAAUCCCGACGCUCACGCCAUGUACGAGUUCCCGCCAACUGUUACUGGAUGUACCAAUUAUUGUACCGCAUACCUUCACAACCUCACCAGAAUGGAUAUACACAUGAGAGUUCUUUCGAAUGCUUCCUGGUUGGGCGCGGACAAUUGCGGUUCCAUAGUAUUACCUCCUAAGGAAAUAUUUCACUAUCACUGGUGGUUCUUCCCGAGAGAGCCUGAUAAAGUUUACGAAACAACUAUCACGUGUUCCUGUAUUUGUUUGAUUAACGGAAAACCAGUUGGAGAACCUACGGAAAUGUUUAUACAUAUUAUGGGUUUCUCGGAACUACCAGAUCUAAGGGUUUUACCAAAGACAUACAAUUUUCAUGAUGUAGUGGUGGGGGAAAGUAACACUUUUACCGUGACUUUAUACAAUUAUGGUUCAUGUUUUUUUACAUCUAAAUUAUACCAUGUUAUUAACGGAAUGGGCGAUGACUACAGCCGAGAUAAGUUUGAAAUUGAGUCGAAUAUUAACAGCCUCAAACCUUCCAACCAUUGCGAAGUGAAACUUACAGUGAUCGCAGAUGGAGCAGGUUCAAGACAAAUAGAUAUUAAAUACACCGUGUUAUAUAGGACUGAAUUUGACGAAGUAGAAGAAAUACAGCCCAUACAGAAAACUAUAUGUAUUAUUUGGUAUGAUGGGAUAUACCCGACGAUGAAGGUCAAACGUACCAUAUCAGUGAAAUGUCCAGUGAUUUUGAGUAACCAUUGUGUUUGGAAUAUGGUUAACGUGGAAGAAUUGAAUAAAGCUUUAGAAGAUUGUCGUCCAAACAGACCAAUAAACGUUAAUAUUUACGCACCAGAGCUGUGUGCAAGACCUCAGGAUGUGGAAAUCGUAUUUGUUUUGGGUUGUGUGUAUUCAGUGAGCGUGCCAUUCAAUUUGAGGCGAGAGAAAAUAUGUGACUGUGAGAUGGUUGAAGUUCAAGUAGGCAUAUCGACGUAUGAAAUGCGUCACACUUGCAUACAUAGACCUCUAGUUGAAAUAUCGCCACUGAAUGGAAUUGUUACGCCGGAUAAUCCAAUACUUUUGAACAUUCGAUUCAAAUAUACAUAUGAAGGAAAUAACACGCUUUGUUUUGUUAUGACGAUGCCCAAUCGGAGGACUCUGAACUUAUUCUUUCAUAUAUAUACACAUGUGAAUUCAAAGGGCAUUCUCACUGCUCUACGAAAGCCUGCCAACGACAGCGAUUAUUUGACAGUAUUAGAUUGUGGCAGAGUUCCUAUUAAUAAUUUGGAUCCAGUUAUACGGAUCAUGUGGUUUUACAAUCCAACCGAAGUGUUUACAACAUGGCGUCUAUUAAGAGGUAACACCGUGACAUCCACAACUGUUAUCCGUUGCCUUCAAUACUUCGCUGAAGUGCCACCGAUGGACAAACUGGCAAUACCAUUCGCUUUUAUGCCCAAAGAAAUGGUUGACUAUGAGGUUGUAUUCUAUUGCUCCUUUGGAUACGACAUCGUAAAGAUUCUGAUCAAAGGCCAAGGGGGUCUUCCCAAUUGCCUUGAGACUCGACUCGAUAUACCUGUGUAUGUUGAAAGAAUUAUAAGAUCUGCUUACAGACAGAACGUUGUUUAUUUAUCAAAAGAACACAUCACGCUGCCAAUAAUGACAACCCAUUCGUUGUUGAGAGAUAUAUUAGCUGUUGUUAAUGACACGGAGAAUGUUAUACGUUUUAUUUGGCUACCGGAAAGAAUGGCGAAUAUUGUGAACAUAGUGAUGACGCCAUGGUGGGGUGUCAUUCAGCCAAAGAGUACAGAGUGGAUCACAAUGACGGUCUACACUUUACAGGAACCUGCAACAUUCACAACAACUGUCACGUGUGAGAUUUUGGAUCUAACUGAGCGAAGAAACUAUCAAAGGAACCAAAUGUUGAGGAGAAAUAAGCUGGAGAAGUGUGCUCAAGAAUUUAUAAUCACUGAACAAGGCACUUUUCAUCCUGGAAUCAACGAUUGCCCUCCAUACGUUUUGGAUCUCAAGAAACCACAGCCUUGGUAUUUGGCUAUGACCGUGUCGGUUUCAUCAAAAGGACAACGCGAUGGUUUCCCCCGGAUGUCGCUAAGAAAAAUGUGGGAACAGACCCCGCCAUAUGAUUUGCUUUCAUCAGACCUAAACAGUUACAGCUGCAAUCAGCAAGUUAGCGUUGGUAAUAACAUCACAUCCGCGGAUGUCGUGAAAAUUAUAGACGGCAUGUUGUGGGACGCCUUACAGAGCAAGAUGUUUAGAACCCACAUUGAGUAUUAUUCAAAGGAGAAUAUACCGACUCACGAUCAAUUGGUCAAAGUUAUUGAGAGCGAUUCAAAACCGAAGUUGAGUAGACGGGUCUCAUCUGGUAUAUGCGACGCGAUCGUCAACAAGGCAGUCUUCCACAUUUACAAUCUGAACACCACGCAGCGCGUUAACAUACUAGAAGCUGAAUAA